AUGCUGAUCGGUAUGUGCAUCACACAUCUUGGUUCACGCUGUCCAGUCGUGGCUUCGAUACCGUACACCGUGUCGCUGCUGAUCGCUGGAGUCCUGCUUGGAGCCAUGCACAUCGAGAGCUCUCAAGGCCUGGGCACGCUGUCGAGGAGCAUCGCCCUCUGGAUGGACAUCGACCCGCACGUGAUUUUGUACUCGUUUCUGCCCGUGCUCCUCUUCGGAGAUGCCUUGUCCAUUGUAUGGCAUGAUUUCCGUCGGACGGCCAUGCAAUGCGCGGUGUUGGCAGGCCCUGGCGUCCUCAUCGGAACCGGACUCAUGUUCAUCGUCUCGAAGUACAUUUUCCCCUAUGGCUGGGGAGACUAUGAAUGUGCUGCCUUUGCAAGUGUGCUCGCUGCCACGGAUCCCGUGGCUGUGGUGGGUCUCCUGAAGGAGAUGGGGGCCAGCCGCGUUCUCACCAUGCAAAUAGCAGGAGAGUCCUUGCUGAACGAUGGUGUCGCCAUUGUCGUCUGGCUUGUCUUCUUCGACUUCAUGAAAGGAAAUCAAGCAGAUGGCGGCGCCAUCAUAGGAUCAUUCCUUCGCCUAGCAGCCGGUGGCACAGCCUUCGGAGUCUUCUGCGGGCUAGUGGGCGCACGCUGGGCGUCGCUUGCAUCCGAUCGUUUGGUCCACACAGAUGCCUUGGUGCAGGUCAGCCUGACCAUCACUGCCGCCUACCUGGCGUUCUUUAUUGGGGAGAACGAGCUGAAAGUCAGCGGGGUUCUUGCGGCCAUAUUCGCAGCAUUGAUGAUGAGCAAGUUUGCCACACCCUUGGUCUGCCACAAGGAGGGUAUGCUCGCGGUGUGGCACACCAUGGAGUACUUCGGGAACACGGUCCUCUUCGUCCUUUGUGGGCUCUUUGCAUAUGAGUCGUGCUCGAAGGUGGCCUGGGCAGACUUCGGUUGGCUGCUUCUUCUCUACAUUCUGGCGACCCUGGCAAGAGGGUUCAUGGUUGCAGUCCUUUGGCCGGCCGUAAACUUGGUCGGUGGCUCCGAUGUCACGAAGACGACCUGGAAGGAAUGCGCCGUCAUGGUUUGGGGCGGUCUGCGCGGUGCUGUUGGCCUAGCCCUGGCGUUGUCCAUGCGAAACGAAUUGCGGACGCAGGGGAAGACUGAGACGGCAGACCGCAUGGUAUUCUUCGUCUCAGGCUUUGCAGCCCUGACGUUGUUGAUAAAUGCCACGACCUGCGGAGCACUCUUGCAGCGCUUGGAGCUCACCAAGCCUCCCGAGGCACAGGUGGUGAUCCUGACAACUUUGCGGAAGGUCUUGGUGUCGGUCUCGAAGAAGGCAUUCGAAGAUCGGCUGGCAGAGGAUGGGCGCUUCAAAGCCGUUCACCAGCAAGAACUGGACGCGCUGCUCGAGCAUCUCGAUGAGGAGCUCGCCCACCACGGCCACGGCCACCUCGACAAUGAGCAUGCGCAGGAAUCCGUGCCCCAAGACCACACACAGUUGGUGGGCAAGUCGAUGGAAAGUUCCGAUGAAAUUGCGAAUGAGAUUACCACAGAUGUUGUACCCGAGGCCGAGGAGCCUUCCGUGGAGGUUGUGGCAGAGAAGGUUGCAGAAACAGGCACCACAGACCAGGAUGCCACAUCAGCGGAUCCUGCGCAGAAGAAGGAUGCAGAGAAGAAGGAGGAGCAUUGGUGGUGGGGUUUCGAACAAGUUCAACCUGCAUCUGGUGCCACGAACAAGCCUACUGGGCCGUCCUUCUUGGAAAAGCGGUAUGGCGUGGCAACACGGGGCACACAUCAGGAACGUAUUGUCUACCGCAAGCUAUUCCUCUCCAUGCUCCGCGCCGAGUACAUGCGCCUCAUGGACACCGGGAUGCUGCCGCGACGAGCCGAAGGAGCGGAGCUUUUGCUGGCGAGCAUCGAUGCGGCAGACGACUUCGCUGCCAUCGGCUUGAACGACUGGAAGAUCCUCCAAAACCAGUUGCUGAAACGCCGUGGGAGCGUCUUGGUCAAGGCUCGUGAACUGCUGUCGCCCUACUUCGCGUUUGCCCCCGUUCCAACCGUCAGUGGCAACAUGGUUUUCGAUCUCUUCACGGUCGUGGCGUUCAUCGAUGCGCACCACACUGUGUGCCACCGGCUUCUCGAGAGCGACUGCCUCAAUGGCGAUGCACGGGAGGAUGUCGUCAAAGAGUCCUCCACUGAAUUGGAAGCCGCACAUCAGCUGCUAAAAGAAAACUGCAUCGGCGCGAAACAGAUCAGCAAGGUUCGCACGAUGCAGCUGGCCACGAUGCUGUUCGAGGUUCAGAAGGAGCAGGUGUCUCGCUGGUUGGAAAUGGGCGUCAUUUCUGACAAGGAGAUGGAGGCCAGGAUGUGCACUGGCCAGUGGGCCACAACAGUGCGGAAGAUUGUGGGCUUUGCGGGGCCCUGGCAAGAGCACUUCUGGCAGGAGCUCCUGCACAUCAUCAAGCACGGCCUGGAGCACUCGCAAGAGACCAUGAAGAAGAAGGCCGCAUGGACUAUGGCAGAGUGUGCAACAGUGCCAAUCAGUGCCAGCCACGUAAGCUUGGCCUCGAAGAGGCCAAGGAUGGAAGUCCUGGCCGCAAAAGGCGGCGGCUGUCUCCUGGAGCUGUUUGCCCAGGUGAUGCAGCAGGACGGACCAAAGCUGGUGAUGGAUAUUGGUGCGAACUAUGGCCAAAGCAGCGAGCGAUAUUUGGCUGCGGGUUUCAAGGUCGUAGCUGUGGAGCCAAAUCCCGCAGCUGCUGCGGGCCUCCGCGAUCGCCUUCAAAGUCACGUGAGCGCAGGGAGCCUGGUAUUGGAGGAGAAGGCUCUUUGGAAUCAGACCGAUGCUUCUGGGGCCCCGGUGACUUCUGUCGCACUGUACGUCAACAAGGAAGACUCUGAGUGGAGCAGCUGUCUGCGAAAUGUGGGACGGAGGUACGAUACAGAGGCCGAAGCCGUGAACGUCGCGACUGUGACCCUCGCUGACCUUUUCGUUCAACAUGGAACCCCAUGGUAUUUGAAGCUGGACACCGAAGGAGCUGACGGCAUGGUGCUCCAGCAGUUGUCCGCGCUGGACUCGAAGCCGGCAUACCUCUCUUUCGAGCUGAACAGUCUCGGCUACAUCUCGCAGGCAUUCAAGCUCGGCUAUCAAGAAUUCAAGGUGGUCCCACAAAGCCGCCACAAAGCUGAGCAUCUCCAGGAUGAGCAUGGAAGGCCACUGACUCACGCUGGCAAUUUCGGCGAGGAUGCAGUGGGAGUGGCCGGAGAAGGUUGGCAGGAUGAAGGAGCUACGCUGGAUCUUUGCCGCAGCUUGUGCUUGGUCCACGAUGCAGAGGCAGAUGCACCCACCUUCGCCAACGGCCCGCCGAGGUACGUGGACCGAGACUUCGCCACAUUGCGGGCAUGCUUUCCAAUCGAAAGUUUGAAUGAUGAGGAUGCUGCAUUGCAGUUAUGGCAAAGUAUCUGCAUGUGCAGGAGUGGUACGACGUCCAUUGCCGACAUAACUCUGUUAGUCGGGGGCAUCUUUGGAUGGAUCUUUAUCCACCCUGUGAACACCCUGGCAAUUAGGAUGAACCUCGCGAGUAUGCAGAAUCCUGGAGCGAAGCUGAGCCUCGCCACUUUUGCUAUGGACACUGUUAACAAGUCCGGCUUCGCAAGCCUUUACAAUGGCCUGGGCGCUGGCAUUUGGAGACAGGUGUUCUACGCCAGCAGCCGGUAUGGCUUGUUCCAAGUCUUCAGGGAUACACUGACCCAGUAUCGCGAGAUGGACUUCGCUGCCCGGCUCUCCUGCGCCACGGCCGCCGGCGGCCUCGCCGCGCUCUUCUCGUGCCCUUGCGAGGUCUCCCUGGUGCGGCUCUCCAACGAUGCGAGUCUGCCCGAGGCGGAGAGAAGAAACUACAAGGGUGUGAUGGACUGUGCGCAGCGCAUUGCGCGAGAAGAGGGCGUGCGUCACAGCCUUCUGGCGCGGCAGCAUGCCGUUUGUCACGCGAGCUUGCCUGGUGGGGGCAACGCAGGUGCUCCGAGGGAGCCUUCGGUCAAGAAUUCGUUGCAGCUUCUUUUGAUCACUGGACAAGCUGCUGCUAACCGGCAGAAGGUGAUUGAUGCCACGCCAACACGGGUGGCCUCCACAGAGGACAUGGGCACAUCUGGCGCCCGAACGGCAAACGUGACCCGCUCGGUCUCUGAGCCAUCGCAAAAGAUCCGACACGAUCUGGCGGAGACGCCAAAGGACCCAGGCCUGGUAACCAGACCUUUGGCGACGCCAGUUGACAUGUCAGACAUGGAUUGCACUCCGGAAUACACUACCCGAAAUGGCCACUCUGAGAGGAGAUGUCCAGAAAAGGCCAAACGGCAGGUCACCCAGGAACCCGUGAAACCCGUCAAAGUCGAAGCUCCCAAGAAAGUUCUGAAAGCACAGAUCUGGCAGCCCAGAGGCUCACCAGAUUCCGCCAAAGAAAGCGUGCCGGCAAUCAGAGCACCAGCACCAAAGACUUACGCAUCAAGCUUUGCUCGAGCACAGAGCUCGCUGAAGUCUGCGAGAGGUGCCCUUUGUCAGGCCCUUGCGGCCAAACCUCGGAUGCCCUUCACCUCGGCAGCGCAGUGUCGCGCCAUGGCCACGGCAAAGGCCAAGGCCAAGGCCAAGGCGACGCCCCGUGCAGCGUCGGCUUCGACGGUCAAGGCAGGCCGAGCCGGCCCCAAAGGCUGCAACUACGGCAAGUCGCAGAGCUCCGCCGCUGGUGCUUUGCGGCCUCCUGGGCAGUCCUUGAGAGAUGAGAACGCUGCCCUCCAGGCAGAGCUGGCACGAGCACUGGAAGUCCUUGCGGAGCUCGAGCAUUUGAAAGCUGCAGACGCGCAGCAGCUCGGGGAUUUGGAGGUCAGACGACAGGAGCUUCUGCACUGGUCCUCACAAGCACGUGCUGCUUUGGGUGAAGAGGAGCAUGACCUCACUUCGCAUCUCCGCCAGAUGGCGACAGACGCAGCUGAGGUCCGCCAGUCGCUGGACGCUGCCCAACAGACCUGGCAGCAGCGAGGGUUGAGGCCAAGUAUACGAGAGAUGUCCUUGCCGACUCGCCUCGACGCAGCCCGCCAACAACCCAUGGCCUUUUGCGCCAAGAACCUUGGUGCGCUCGUGUCGAACAAUGGUGCCUUUGACAGCGGAUCCGUCGCCUCGGAAGACACGCAUGCUCCCGUGGAAAAGCAGGGUUGCGGGGCUUUGCGAAUGAUGCCAAACGAGCCAGUAAGGAAGGUGUUCAUGAAAGAGGCGCUUGGCCACCUCCUGGUCCCAGAUGUUGCGGCGUCUGUGCGGAGCAUCGGGGGUGACUCCAUCCUGCCGACUCAGGUGAUCACCACCCUGGCUUUGAGCUCCAAGUGGGAUCUGGCCCUUGCUUUCCUGAGCGAGAUCUACAGGAGCCACAUGGACAUCACGGUAUACCAUGCCUCCGCCGCAGUGAAAGCCUGCCACCAGGCUGCUCGCUGGGAGAUGGCCAUCGCACUGCUGGUGGCAUGUCCUGGUCUCAGGGCCCAGCCCAACGAGUACACGUACAACUCCGUCAUCAGUGCCUGUGAGCGAAGCGGACAGUGGGUGGCAGCCUUGGCGGUCUUCGAUGCCAUGCCAUCAGCAAUUCCAAGGAACGUUGUGACGUUUGGUGCCGUCAUCAGCGCCUGUGAGAAAGCCGCGCGCUGGCAAGAGGCUCUGGCCCUCACGGACAUGAUGGAAAGCCAGGAUGUGACCCGAAAUGCCAUCAUCUUCUGCGCCGCCAUGACCGCUUGCGGCAAGGGUGAGCAGUGGCAGCCGGUGUUAUUUCUCCUGCAGCAGAUGACGGCGGAAGGCUUGGAGAGGUCUACCAUCGCUUGCAAUGCGGCGAUCAGUGCCUGCGAAAAGGCAAAGCAAUGGCAGCGUGCCUUGGACUUGCUCUGGCAGAUGCCCGAAGGAGGCAACGAGUGGGACGAGGUGGCAUUCAGCGCAGCAACCAGUGCUUGCGGAAAGGCCGGACGCUGGGGUGAGGCGCUGGCGCUGCUCGGGGCCAUGGUGCAGGUGAGGAUCCCCACAUGCCUUCAAGCCCUCAGCGCCGCCGUCACGGUCUGCGAGGACAUGAGCGAAUGGCAGCAGGCAUUGCAGCUUUUUGCCUCAAAAAGUGAAGACGUGGUGGCUGACGAGAUAUUGCUCAAUGCCGUCAUAGCUGCUCUGGCAGAGGGGGGAAAGUGGCAAACGGCGCUGAGUGUCCUCCGUGACUUUGAGCAGCACAGAUUGCGGAAAACUGAAGUCACGUACACCGCUGCAAUCUGCUCGUGCGGAGCAGAGCAGUGGCCAUUGGCAUUGGGCCUUUUUGCGGAGGAGAUUGAGAACGGGCUGCUAAGUGCAUCUUGCCCCGAUGGGUUGCAAGCAGGCACUCUCCUUUCCAUGCUGCACAAGGCCGAGGGACGAAGCAAGGCUGCAUCUUUCGCCGAGCAACUGCGGCUGAUCUGGCACAGCCACGUCGAGCCUCCACAGCCAGUGUCUUCGCGUUUUCAUAUCCUGGCGCGUGGAUGUGGUGUGCUCGUGGUUGAGAAGCCCCAUGGGCUUGAGACGGCGGAUGUUUUGGACAGCCUUCGCACAGACCUGGGCAUUCCAAUGUCCUCCAUCUCCCGCCUGGACCAGCCGACCUCUGGCAUUCUUCCGAUUGCUUUGGGCGACGAGACUGCUCCGGUCACGCAGUGGCUAAGAGCGCAGUGGGCAGGGCGGCUGGUCACCAAAUCCUAUGUUUGUUUGUGCGCGGGUCCAGCGAUGGAGCGCGGCUUCUCUGCGGAGCUGGCACUCCCUCUCAGAGAAAAGCCGGGAGAAGUGCGAUCUCAAGAAGUCUGCUCUGCGGCUGCUGGGCGCCCGGCCAGGACCAUUUACACUGUCCUGGCAAGCUACAGCGAUCCAGAUGGCCGCUCAGAUUCAAGGGGCAAGGCAACCUCGCUGAACCUGCUCAAGGUGCGAAUAUUGACUGGCCGGAAACAUCAAAUCCGCGUGCACUUGGCCAGCAUUGGACAGCCGCUCGUGGGAGACAAGCUCUACCGCCCAGGCUGCGAGGUGGACUGGUGCUCUCGCAUGUUCCUGCACUGCCGACGACUGGACUUCCUAGACCUCGAAGGAAGGCGGAUUUUGGUGAAGUCCCAGCUGCCCGCCGAGCUGGCGGUCGCAACUUAUGACCAGUUUAAGGCCAUCUACAGCGGCUUCGGAAUCAAGGGCAACUCCAAUGUCGUCGCUUCCUCCUUUACUGCGGGCCUGGUCUACUCCGUCAUUACGAUGCCGUUUGAGUCCGCGAAGAAUCGCAUGGCUUCGCAAAAGCCGGACCCGGAGACGGGUAAACUUCCGUACCGCGGCACCAUGCAGACCAUUCAGGCAGUCGCAGGCAAGGAGGGCGCGGCAGCUCUUUACAAUGGUUUCAUGCCAUACUGUCUGCGGUGUGGAGGGCACACUGUGCUAAUGUUCUUUGCCGUGGAGGAGCUGCAAAAAUGGUACCGAAAGGUCGCAUAA